AUGACGGCACAAAACAAAGGAACAGAGAGAGUCGUGUAUCCCGUUGUUGUCGUGGAAGUAAAUGGAAUCAAAUGCCGCGCACUCCUAGACACUGGGGCAGGCAGCUCAUACGCGUCGUCAGCUAUCCUUGAACACCUGGGAAACAAACCGCUACGAGAAGAAUUCAAGCGCAUAGAGAUGAUGCUUGGGUCAACAAACAAGGUCAUCGGAGUUCAUAGCGUGACGAUUGGCAGCCUUGAUGGAAAAUUUCGAUUGGAAACGGAAGUCACCAGAGUGGACCGUAGUACAUUGCUAUCACUUGACAACCCAGGAUAUGCUGGGAUACUGGAGAAAUAUCCCUACUUGGAUGGGGUAUACAUGGACGACAGAGACGAGAAGCCUGAGCUACCAGUCCACAUUAUCCUGGGUGCGAGCGAGUACGCGAAAAUAAAGACAGAAACCAUAACAAAGAUCGGACGUCCCGGCGAACCUGUUGCAGAGCUAACAAAGUUCGGAUGGACAAUUAUGUCACCAGGUAAAGAAGUUGACCUCUCUAAUAUGUUCUUGACCCAGACGACAGCGGCAGAUUACGAACAACUAUGCAAAUUAGAUGUUCUAGGAUUGCGUGACACACCAGGCGGAGAUCAAGCAGAUGUUUAUGAAGAAUUCAAGGAACAAUUAACACGAGGGCCAGAGGGAUGGUACGAGACGGGGCUACCCUGGAGGGGAAACCACCCUCCACUGCCCAACCACAGAGCGGGAAGCUUGAAGCGAUUGGAAAGUACCAUUCGGAAACUGGAGAAGAACGGAAUACUCCAGAAGUAUGACGCCAUAAUUAAAGACCAGCUUAACGAAGGAAUAGUGGAGCGAGUGUCAGGCCCACCAGUGGGAAGGGAGUUCUAUAUUCCACAUAAAGCAGUGGUGAGAGAAGCUGCAGAGAGUACCAAACUUCGAAUCGUGUACGACGCCUCUGCCCGAGCUUCAGAGAAGGCUCCUUCUCUCAACGAGUGCCUUCACGCGGGACCUCCGUUGCAGAACAAGCUUUGGGCUGUUCUUGUCCGUGCACGUUUCCACCCAGUCGCAUUAACAGGUGAUAUCAAGCAAGCGUUCUUACAAGUACGAAUAUGGGAAGAAGACAGGGAUGCCAUGAGAUUCCACUGGAUCACGGACUUGCAAUCCAGGCGAGUGGAAAUACUGAGAUUCACGAGAGCUCUGUUUGGUUUGGCCCCAUCGCCCUUUCUUCUUGGGGGAGUUAUCAAACAACACCUGGAAGCCUGUCGUACCGAGAAUCCGGACCUGGUGAGGGAAAUAGAGAAGAGUCUAUACGUCGAUGACCUUAUCAGCGGGGGACCCACCGUAAAAGCUGCCCUUGAAGUCAAAGCAGGCGUUACCCAUGUCUUUAACCAAGCCUCAUUCAAGCUGCACAAGUGGCAUUCAAAUGUUCCGGCAGUGGAGUCCCCUGGUGAUUCUCUUAGCGAAGAUACUACAUUCGCGAAAGAACAGUUGGGUGCACCUCAAGAAGGAGGGGGAUCUAUUCUCGGGCUUCCAUGGAACAAGCGACAAGAUACCAUUGAAAUAAAUUUCCCAACUGACCGCACCCAAGUGACAAAGAGAGGGAUACUAGCGAAGAUAGCAAGAGUGUAUGACCCGUUAGGGCUCGCAGCGCCUAUGACAUUGAGUGGAAAACUACUGUACCGAGACGCAUGUGAUUUGAAAGUCGGAUGGGAUGCUCAACUUCCUGGUCAACUGGGAACCAAGUGGUCAGGAUGGGAAGCACAGCUACCAGUGAGCAUUUCCGUACCCAGAGCCAUACCUCAACACUUUGAAGAGAUCAGCAACAUUGAGCUACAUUGUUUCGGCGACGCAAGCGGACAAGGCGUUUCUGCGGCAGUGUACGGUGUCAUAUCUCAACCAUCCGGUGAUAGUGUUGGGCUGAUAGCAGCCAAAGCUAGACUGGCGAAGCAAGGCCUCACCAUCCCCCGCCUCGAGUUGGUCUCCGGUCACAUGGCGACCAAUCUCAUUGUGAACGUUAAGGAAGCAUUAGAGGGUUUCCCAGUUGGAAAUAUGGUUUGCUGGUUGGACAGCAGCGUUGCGUUACAUUGGAUCAAGGGAGCAGGGAGUUACAAGCAGUUCGUAAGCAAUCGAGUGCAGAAAAUCCAGCAACACCCAGAAGUAAACUGGCGUCAUGUGGGUACAAAGGACAACCCAGCUGACCUUGGCAGUCGGAGCGGAAGCGUGGAAAAUGAAGAGCUAUGGUGGAGAGGGCCUGAGUGGCUACUAGACCGAGAGCGAUGGCCAGCCGAUAUUAAGACAACGGCCACACCAGACAGUCAGGCGGAAGCAAAAGUGAUACGGGACGUAUUCGCUGUAGCACAAGCUAAGACAGACAUCCUAGACGCCUUGCUGAUCAAGUUCAACUUAUGGAAAACCCUAAGGGUUUGUGCGUGGGUGACUCGAUUCAUACAUAACCUACGGAGCGAAAAGACGAGAAGAUCUAAGGGACCACUCACGACAGAGGAGAUCGAGAUGCAGCGACACCUGUGGCUAAAGCGAACACAGGUGAAAUUCAAGAGAGACGAGCGGUUCGAAGAUCAUCGUGUUCAGCUGAACCUACAAGAAAACGCAGACGGGUUACUGGAAUGCCGAGGGCGGAUUCAGGGAGACUAUCCCAUUUACUUGCCUGAGUCUCAUCCGUUCGCGGAGAAGAUGGUGGCAGACGCACAUAUCAGGACACUCCACGGGGGAGUGAGCCUCACAAUGGCAAAGAUUCGUGAAAGGUACUGGGUUCCCAGGUUGCGUCGCCUUGCAAAAAGAGUCGUUAAAGCUUGUAACGGCUGCAAGCGGUUCCGCGCCACAGCGUUUGCGGUUCCGCCACCAGGACAGCUACCAAGGGAUCGUACCGAAGGAGAAAAUGCGUUCCAAGUAGUCGGAGUGGAUUUCGCCGGACCACUGAAGUAUAGAAAGGGGAGGAAUCAUGAAGGCAAAGCUUACAUAACGCUUUACGCCUGUAGCCUGACCAGAGGUAUUUACCUUGAGCUACUACCCAGCCUAGAAACGGGAGAAUUCCUUCGAUGCCUGAAACGGUUUAUCGCCCGACGUGGGCGGCCAGAAAAGAUUUACUCAGACAACGGGAGUACCUUCGUGGCAGCAGCUAAGUGGCUGAAACAAGUGAUGACUGACGAACGCCUCAACGAAUUCCUCUCCCGUCAAGAAAUCAAGUGGCAAUUCAACCUGAGCAGAGCGCCCUGGUGGGGAGGGCAGUUCGAGAGAAUGGUUGGAUUGGUGAAGAGAAGUCUACAGAAGACCAUUGGAAACGGGUUCCUAACGUGGACCGAGUUAGAGGAGGUUAUACUAGACGUAGAGGUUGCAGUCAACAACCGACCUUUAAGUUACGUGGAGGACGAUGUGCAGCUACCGAUCUUGACCCCCCACUCCUUGUUGUUUGGUCAACCAAAUGCACUACUCGAGUUGGAACCGCACUGCAUAGAAGACGGUGAAUUACGCAAGCGAGCAAAGUAUCUCAGACGAUGCAAGGAGGCCGUCUGGAAGCGAUGGACGGGGGAGUACUUAAAGGGGCUGCGCGAACGCCAUCGUCUAAAGAAUCCUGGAAAGCCCGAAAAUCCUAUUGUGGGCGAGGUCGUGCUGAUCAAGUCGGACGACAAGAAUCGCGGGAAAUGGAAGGUCGGCAUCGUCACGGAACUAAUCAAAGGGCGUGACGGUGUUGUCCGGGGAGCAAAGUUGCGCACAGGGACCUCACAUCUAGAGCGAGCAGUACAGCAGCUGUAUCCGUUAGAACUGUCAUGUGAUCGACCGGGAGACGGCGACAGACCUCCAACGACCGAGUUGCGCAUUGAAGCGCCAGCGUUCAGGCCUUCCCGUGAUGCAGCCGUCGCAGCAAGAUUACGUAUGGAGGAUCUUGCUCACGAUGAGGAAGGGGUUGAACUUUGA